AUGAGCUUUAGAGGGUCAGACACCCGUAAGGGUUUCGUCGAUUAUCUCUAUACUAGCUUUGUUGAUGCAGGAGUUCACGUGUACAGAGAUGCAGAGAUCCGUGUUGGUGCGAAGAUUAAUUUGGAUCUUCUUUCUGUUAUUUCGCAGACUAAGAUCUCGAUUGUGAUUAUCUCUGAAAACUUUGCUUCCAGCAUAUGGUGCCUUAAGGAGCUAGCUCAUAUAUUAGAGUGCAGGAGAAGCAAAGGGCAACUAGUGUUGCCUAUAUUUUACAAGGUGAAACCCUCACAAUUGAAACAUCUUACCAGGCAAUUUAGAAAUGAUAUCUAUGCACAUAAAAAGAAAAUGGGCGAAAUGGUUGUGAAUAACUGGAUAGAAGCGCUCCGAGAAAUCAGUUCAGUGUCAGGAUGGAUAGUGGAAGAAUUUGGGCAUGAAGGAAAAUUGGUUAAACGUGUUGUCAACGAAAUUAUGAUCGCGUUAAAUGGAACCAAAAGGAUUAUGAGAAUUCAUGUGUUUAAGGAAGAUGACAACCUCCGUCGUGGUGAGCAGAUUGGUGCAGAGCUUCUCAGCAUCAUUAUGCAAUCGAAGAUUGUGAUCCCGAUUAUCUCAGAGAAUUACGCUUCUAGCCAAUGGUGUCUUCGCGAUUUGGUUUUGAUGUUGAAUUGCAGGAGAAGUGGAAUGCAAAAAGUGUUUCCCAUAUUUUACAAAGUGGAUGUCGCGCAGCUGCGAAAUCUUAGAGGGAGAUAUGGAGAUGCUUUUAAGAAGUGGAAAAAGAAUUUAAGUGAAAAAGUUGUGGAGGAAUGGAAAAAAGCGCUUCGAGAAGUCUGUUCCCUGAGAGGAUGGGAGUCAGAGAGGGAUAAGAAUGGGUAUGAAGGAGCACUGGUAAAAACUAUUGUCGAGGAGAUUAGGAGCGAGUUAUAUGGAACUUCUCAGCUAAUUAAAGAGUUGGUGGGAAUUGAUGAACAUUUGAAACACAUUACGAGCUUGAUAGAUGUUAAAUUUAAUGAUACAAGGAUUGUCGGAAUUUGGGGAAAUAUUGGCGUUGGUAAAACAACUCUUGCAAGGGUCCUGUACGACAAGCUUUCUAGUCAUUUCAAACAUCUUAGCUUCGUGGCAGAUAUUCGAGAAACAUCUCUGCACAAGGGUAUUGAAUGUCUGCAAAGGCAGCUCAUUGAUGAUAUACUAAGAAGUCCAAACAAUGUGUCUACUGAUAAAAUCGGUGUCAUCAAGUCUCAAUUUAUAGAUAAGAAAGUUCUCGUACUUCUUGAUGAUAUAGAUGCCAUUACUGAUUUUAAUGCUUUGAUCGGAGACAUUAGUUGGUUUAAAGCAGGAAGUAUAGUCAUCGUCACAACUGGAAACAUGAAAUUUCUCAACGAGGCUAAGGUGGACCAUGAGUAUGAAGUCAAUAAGUUGACUUUGAAUGAAUCAUUGAUUUUAUUUAGUAGAUAUGCAUUUCAAAAGGAUUAUCCAGUUAAAGAUUAUGAGAUUCUCUCUCAUAGUAUCGUAUCCAUAAUAGCAGGACUUCCCUUGGCUCUUAAAGUUAUAGGUUCAUUUUUAUAUGAACAGAGUAGAGGAGUAUGGAAUAAUAUAUCAAGGAAAUUAAUGGAAGUGCCUCAUCAACAAGUACAAGAGAUGUUGAGGAUAUGUUAUGAAGAAUUAGAUGAUAUGGAGCAACAAAUUUUUUUGGAUAUAGCAUGUUUUCUUAUUGGAUCAUCUAAGCAAAGUCCUAUUUAUAUGUGGGAUGCUUGUGGUUUUUUUCCGAGAAAUGGGAUUGAAGUAUUGAGUCGUAUGUCUUUAAUUGAGAUUGACAAAGAUGACAAGCUAAGGAUGCAUGAUCAACUGAGAGAUCUAGGACAGAAAAUUGUUCAUCUAGAAAAUCCAAAGGAGCCACAAGAGCGUAGCAGAUUAUGGAAAUAUGAAGAAGCAAUGUAUGUGCUUGACAGCAACAAGGACAUAACUGAGGAUUGUGAUUAG